AGCGUGUGCCGCGAGUUUUGAAUUCUGUCGGGACGACGGAGUCUAUAGCUAAGUAUAUAUCUGCCAGGUAAGUAUGUAUAAAACUUUAUUGUAUCUUAACAAUAUCAUUUUUCUUAGGAUUUUUUUAUGAUGUUCCGGCUUACAACGAUUUUCUGGUUACAACGUGUCUCAAGAACGGAACCCCCGUCGUAACCCGGGGACUCCCUGUAUAAAUUUUAUGUUGUCACAUAACAAUCUCAUGGACUUAUUGAAUUUAGGGAGCAGAUGCAUUGUAGGGAGAUGGGAAGGCAUGAGAAUUCCUAACAUUUCCUAGAAUUGUCUGUCCUGAUCUAACCAGACCUUAUCUUCCUAACCAGGGUGCCAUGCCUUUGUAUGGCCAGGGGCUUUUGCCCCACCCCUGGACCCCUGAGUAACACUGAAUAUCGCUGUCUCCCAAUUCUGUGUACCUGAAUUUAGAUUUAAUACCUGGUGUUUUCAUUGCUGGCUGGAAGUUGCAGAUCAAGAACAUUUCUUUCCAAAAUCAUGAGACAGGAUGAUUUGAAGAUUUUUAAAACUCGUUAGCAUUAAUAAAUGCAAAGCUUUGGAUAAUGAAUCAAAUAUGUCCAAUGACUAAAGCAAACUGGUUUGUAGUGAAAUUCAUUCCAAAAGGGUGUAAUGUUAUCCCAUAUUCAAAUUGGUCUCACCCAUUUAACCUGUAGGUAUUUGAUGAAGAAGCUUAACACACAAUGCUUUGUUGACUGUUCCUCUGAUUUCCUAUGUAUUGGAUGCAAAUAUGAAAGAAUUGGGAUGAUGAUUUGUGUGUUAUCUGUUUAGACCUACAGCACCUUAGACAUCCAUUUCUGGUAAAGAUUUUCCCACUCCCUCAGGUAUGCUUUAUCCUAGCUAAAAUGUCAAUUUCUGCUGCAGUAUCUUUGGCAGAGCAUUUUGUCCCUCCUUUUUUUGGGAAUAAUGGUUCCAUGCUGAGAACAAGCAUGAACUGUAAAUUUCUUCUUUCUUUUUAAAGUGUAUAUCCAUAUUGCUAGUUUUAUCAUCACUAAACAAGUUCAGUUUACCAGUUUUUCUUAUUACUGUACCAGGUAUGUAAUCAUUUUGUGUUUAGUAAAGAUUUCCCAUGGAUUAUUUUUACCCUAAAUGUUGUUUCGUUGUAUGAGAAACUAAAAAUAUUUAAACUUUACAGGAUCAUGGCACCACUUGUCCUACAGCGAAAGUCCAACACAUGGAGAUGAAAGUUGUUCUGAAGAUGAAUGCUGAAUGGAAACAUCAUGACAUACUGCCACCUCCAUUCUACGCUUGCAGACACAGAAUACUGUCAGCCAGGUGACAGUAUUAUAGUACUAGCUGAAACCCUGGUACAUAAUAUUGUGCUAUGGAGGAUUUCUCAGACGUGUCAGUGCGUGUACAUGUCUGCCCAAGAACUCGAGACAGGCAUCGGAAUCAUGCAGGUGUGAAAUGAACAGCAUUGUGAAUCAUGUGAAAAUGGUAGAACCCCAGCAGAAAAGGGUGAAAUUGCCCCCCUCUGGGGAUGACAGUGGGGGGCAGCUGCUGCCAAGAAGGGACUUGGAGGUAAUCCAUGCCCAGUUGAUACGAAAGUGUCUCUGUUCCCUGCAGCUUCCCAACAUCCUUCACACACUGGCUGUCUGUAAUGACUGCUUUUCAUCACACCCAGUGUCACACAUGUUACAGCUUCGGGACGAAACACUUUUGUACAUUAGUAUGCUCACUCUUUUCUUUGAAGUGUCUCUCAGGCAGCAGAGUCGAGGCGUUUUAUGUUCUCGCAUCAGUGAGGUGGUUGCAGCGGGGGCAGAUAAUGAAGGGGCUGUUCUUGACAUUCUUUUUGGCUUCAUGGCCUCGGAAGAUAAGUACGUGAGCUAUUCGUCUUCUCGUGCCCUGUCCUCUCUCUUGCUGAUGUUACGUGGCCGUGCCAGUGAAAUUGUCUUGGAAAAAUUAGUAGACAAUCUUGCCAUGUCUACCAACCUCAUUGAAAUGGGUCAUUCAAUUGAAGUUGUUAGGAGAGUUAUCGAGUGGAAAGAUUUAGACGAGCAUCCGUUGGAAGGAACAGAGCCUGCUGACACAGGACAGCCAGGAGAUUGUGCAAAGAUAACUCUAACCCCAGCUGAUUCACAGGGGGCUAAUGAAGUUAAGUAUGUGGCAACUAAAAAGCUUGAUUGCAAGUGGUUUCUUUUAGUGUCUAGAUUAACGCAGCUAAUAAAUGAAUUUUCUACUGAAAGAGAACAUGUUAUUGUAUCUUUUUUAACACUUUGGGAAUCUUUAAUAUCAGUCAAAGCUAAUCUUUCUGUGACUGAUACAAAGGAAUUUUACUCAGGACUAGAGCGUCUCAUGACUCCUCUCACUCGGCACACGCAUACGAUAGUGUGGCGAAAAGUGCUUGACCUUUAUAACGAGGUCUUGUGUUAUGGGAGUACGCUGGCCCUCCAGGACGUAUUAGCAGAAGAGCCCUGUAACUUGGCUCACCUCCUCAUCCGUGCUGUGAAAGAUAGAAGGUUGUUGGAGUGUGUGCCUUGUGGAGGACCAGCGGAACACAGUACAUUACCAAACCACGGCUCCAAUGCAAUGGAUAUCGGUGCAGGACCAAGUUCCGGAAGUGUUAGUGGAAUUGACCAGAGUGAGCGCACUAUUUUACACAAAGUAGUGUUAGUCAUUUUGAAAGCUAUUGCAGUGACAGUCAAGGAAACUCGAUGCGAUUCUUCUUCAGAAAACUCCUCCAGGUCCGGAGGUUCAGGAUCAGAAGAUGUUGAUAUGGCCAUUAUAGAACGUAGUCUAAGGGAAGUGAUGCGCAAAGUUGAUAGUUUUGUCAAAUCAAAACUUCCAUUCCACCCUGAGGCUCCAAUGGCAGAGUGGAUGGUACGACUCUUUGCUGACCAAGAUGACUGGUUGGUUGAAUCAAUGGUGUGUGGAUUAGACAUCUUCACAGGUCUAGGGAUUCGCAUAAGGCAACAGCCCGAACUUCAUGCUUGUGUCAAUCCACACACAACCUUCUUGGUCUUUUUAGAGACCAUUUAUCUGGAACAUGACGUUCUUUUGGACCUCUUAGUUUCAAACGAGACGUCAUUCCUUCUCUACCUGCUCCGCUACCUCAAAUUUAUUCGCCGCAGUUGGCAAGAAUUUGCCUCCCACUGUGGCCGCCGAUUAGAAGAAGUUAUGACUGUCCUGAUUCGUUUACGUUAUGCCAUCGAUCGGCUUGUGUCCAAAAACCUCUUUCCAUAUAAUAUUAGCCCUGUUCUGAAAUUGUUGCAAAAAUGUGAAGAAUUUUAUGAAGUAAGUGACCCCUAAUUAUUGGAAAGAAUUUGAUCAGAAUUUUUUCUUCUUUAGUUUGUUAUUCUUCUUACUUAAUAAUUUAUUCAUCUUUAUUGUACAGGUAAUUAAAAUGGAUUUUCUUCAGUCUCUAAGUGAGAAAAAAGUAUUCAAUGUUUCUUAGUGUAUUGAACUUUGUUGUCAACACAUCGCCUCUUGAAUUAUUUGACGACAGAUUUGAGUGAACUGAGUUCUCUACAUACAGAACGUAUGAAUGUUACAGGUAUGCAAUUCAUUUAAGAGUAAACAAAAGUUACAACCCUAAUGAGAAAUGGGAAGUACACAAGUUGGUGAAAAUUUAUACUAUGGAUUAUAUUUCUACAUUAUAAUUACUGUGCUGUGAUGUUGAAUUUUAAGGAUCUUUUAAAUGAAGAGCAACUGAUACUUAUGCCUCUAAAAUUUUUCAGUUGAGUAAAUAGGAUCUUUAAAGUUUGAAGGGAAACAUGUUUUUCCUCUAUUUGUUUGGCUACUUUUUUUCUGGAGAUGACGGUCUUUAAGAUCACUGUCCUUCUAUUGUAAAUUUGAGUAAUGACAAACGGUAGUUUAACAAACUUCCAAGUAUUGUGGAAAAUGCUUGGCUAGUGCCAUUAAGGGAAUGUCAUAUACAUUCAGAAUUUCUCUCUCAUUGCUGUUAGCUUUUUAAGUUUUGUUUAAGGAUAUCUUGACUAGACAAUGUUAAAGUAAUUUAAUGUAGUCACACAUUUGCAAAAUGGCAAAAUGCUGGGAAAAAAUUAUCCUUUUCAUGAAGAUGUCACAGUUAUAGUUCUGAUAGUUCCACAUCACAUGCAGUAACUUGGAGCUAUUUUGUCUUUGGAUAUGAAGUAAGGUUUCUCAGAAUUUAUGUAAUUGUUAGUUGCAUUUCGUACAAAAUUACAUUUUAGUUUCAGUAUCUUAAAUGAAAGUUAUGAAGUGAACCAUCUUGAAUUGGGCAGAUUCAAGUAGAAUCUGGAUCCCACAGACUUAUAUGAUCCCAUGAACGUUAAUUGUAAUUAUCACUUUCUGUUUCUUUUUAAUUGUAAAUUAAAACUUGCUAUUGUUCUAUUUGAUGAUUAUGGCUAUCAAUUACUGUACUGGAAAGAGACCACGGAUUCACGUUUGUAGACUCAGGGCUCACCCGAAAGAAUUUUGGUCUUGAAUUAAAAGCUUAAAUUGAAAUGCAGUAAAACUGAUAGAAGUUGGACAGGUGAGUGUGAAGAGACCAAACAGAACAAGUGAUACAAUGAAGGGGACAAAACACCAGGUGUUCAAAGAAAGCCUUUGUAUCUUCUUAAGAAUGGUACCCUUUACCUCAUGAAAGAGUAAGAUAAAUUGACUUGUCUUCCUGCAGUCUUUACAAACCCUUGGGGCCCUAAAGUAUUAUUUUGGUGUUAAAUGCUACUAAAGUACCCUCUUCUAACUAGUUGAUAGAUUUUUUGUCUAGUUUAUUUGUUUGCGAAAGGGAAGGUUGCUAAUUAUGAUGAGAUUUUGCAACUUUUCAGAAAGGGAUUGUUGAUAAUAAGCCAACUUGACUCCAUGAGGUUGAUGAGGUGAAGUUCUCAGUUUUGGUAUUUUGGUUUUCGUUAGUGCUUUUGAAUUUUAAUUAAAACAGGAUUGAAUUUUGCAUAUAAGUCAGGUUUUUAAGCUUGUUUAGUUCAUUGUUAGGAACUUCAGUUGUGGUUGUCACAAAUUUCUGUCUUAUGGAAUUCCAGCAUGAAGUUUUUUAUUCAGUUCAGUCCAUAGAAAGUUUCUAUGUUUUCCAAUACUGUAUGUCACACAUUGGCCGUUUCAGUGAAUAUAGUGGAUCUAGGCUGUAAUGUAAGCACUACAAAGUUUUAACAAGUAUUUUGUAAGACCUUACAUAUUUGUCCUUCUAAAUAGUAAACCAUAUGGGAAAGUCUCUACAGCAGAUUGUGUCUGUGACUGCUAUUGUUGUAAUGCCAGUUUGACUAAAUCAAUCUUUGACAAAACUAGGAUGACAAUUUAUACAGCUUGUGAUGUCAGUUUCCCUGAGGGACAAUACUUUGAUAGUCAUUUCUGUACCUAACUAUGUUUGCUUUAGACAUUAUUAAAAGUGGAUGCUUCAUUAGGGUGUCAAUACUGAAGUAACACACUAAAAAGGUACAAUACUUUGAUUUGAGAUUGGUGAAUUAGUGAUAAAAUAACUGGAGGAAAUUUAUUUUAAUUUGUAGGUGGGUUUGGGUAAGAAAAAGUAGUCAAUCUUCCUAUGACAUGAAUGAUUCUAAUAACACUGACAUUUAUCAGUUCAAAAAAAUGUGCAGGAGUGGAAGGAAAUACACAAGAUUUUAUUCUUAGACUUCCUAAUAUUUCAGAUAUUUUGCUGUGUAGCUAUAAAAGUAUUGGAUUCAGCUUUGAUUAAUGGAACAUAGAUCAAUUUUAUGUUAAUUUUUACUUUGUUGUGUUCUCCCUUUUGUUGUGUUCUCCCUCCACUUCCUUAACCUUUGAGUUAUUGCAACCCCACUUGAAAGCCUUGUAUUCUGUGUAAUAAACAGUAUAAACUCCUAGCAUAUUCAGACUAGUUUGUUAUUGGGAACCUGCAUAUUUUGUGGUUGCACUUGGAUGGUAAUGCAAUUGAAAAAUAAAGUUACAGAAUAGUAUUAGUCAGUAAUACAGUACCAUAGUAUGCAUUUAUGAGGGUCUAGGCAGUAAAUUUGUUCUGGUACCAUUUCUCAUUUGGGUGGAAAAGGUUUAUUGUACAAGACUUGGCUCUUGUUAUGUAGGUCACAAGCCUCAGUGUGCUUUUGGUUGUUUCUUCAGAGAAACCUUUGCAUCUUAUCAUUGACAAAAUGCCAAAAUGAGCAAUUUUGUUCAUUUGGACUCGUUCUCCUGUUGAAUCCUGAUCCUUUUUCUGCAGGACAGUUAAAGAUCACUUGGUGCUCUUUCAUAGUUGUUAACUGUUAAUUUGUAAAGCCAGUUCUAUCUUUGUAGUCUAAGUUUUUUUUAUUGUUAAAUUAUGAUGGAAUACACAUGUUACUUCAUUUGCACUAUUUUUUUAUAUAGAAGUCGGCCUACCUUUUUUCAGUGAAAUGUAUAAAUACUCACUUUAUUUUUACUAUUGCUAUGUAUAUUACCAUAUAUACAUUAUACAUAUGCAUCCUUUUCCUUUCAUUGUCUCCAGUUUUUCUAUUCAGAUUUCCUUAGUUUGCUUUUACAUCAAAUCAUUAUGAUGCACAUUACGUUUUGGUCUUAAUUUGUAAAUCUCUUUACUAGAGUCUCGCAGGAAAUUCCUUUUAAUGCCUGUGCUUGGAUUUUGCAGGAAACCAUUCAUAGGGAUGAAUUCAUGUUUCUUAAAAGACUAAACACUAUCUUGACAUUUUUACAUUUGAACAUACCCCAGGUGAGCAUGGAAAAUUUGAGCCAAUUUUACGUUCAUAAAUUCUGUUUAAGGUUUCUUAGAUGGAUGGGAAAUUUUUUGGGGGGUGGGUGGGUUAUUCUAUCCUCGAAGUAGAAGGGGUAUUUUAUAGUGUACACAAUUUUUGUUUGUUACUCAUGUAAUUUUAAUGUUUUGUAUUUUUGUAUCGAUCAUGAAAAUUAAAAGGGGUGUAUGUAUGAGAAUGUUGAUUAUGUCUGUGCCUGGUAUUUACCGAGACACACGCACUGAACUUGUUUUGAAAUGACUGGGAGAUUUUUGCUGUAACCACAAUGUGUUUUGAACAAUAUCAGGGCAUCUAAGCAGUGACUUUUGCCAGAGUAUUCUGUUUAGGAUGCUCCUCUUUUGUUUUAUUAUUUUUCAUUAUUGCUUACCAGUCAGCUGUGUUGGUAACUACUCAGAAACUACAAAAAUGGUUUUGUUUGUAUAGUGCGAUCCAUUUUUUUUUUUUUUUUUUUCUGAUGGCUGUACUCAAAUGGGAAUGUCAUCAUCGAUUCUGCCAAUUUUUUGUCUUUCAAAAAAUUCUGUAACUAGAUCUAUUCUUUUUCAACUUAGUCUUUUCUUUUCUGAAUCUUUUUCAGUAAGGCUUUUCUUUUCUGAAUCUUUUUCAGUAUUUUCAUUAAUACAGAACAAAUAUUUUUGUAUUUAUUUUAGUAACUAUUUAUUAGAGAGAAUCCAAGCCUCUUUGUAACUUUUAUAAUCGUCAGGUGUAUCACAUCCUGUAGAACUAACUAACUAAAGGCAUGUUCUCAGAAAACAAAGCUCUAGUCUGUAGAUAUGUGCCAUGGAUUGUAGAAAAUUACUGGGUGCAUUAUUUUGCCUUCUGUCAGUGAUUUGUUAAUUUUUGGCAAUUUCUAUAAUUGACUAAUUAAAAAUUUAUGCAUCACUUCAUUUUGGCUGGUGUGACGAAGGAAGGUAAGAUUGCAGAUUCAACUUGAUUACAAAACAAUGCUCCCAGAACUACUAUAGUUGCUUUAGUGUCAGUUUCAAUGAUUGUGCUUACUGGAGUGGUAACAGAAGGGUCUAUAAGGUUGUAGAUACUGUACUAUGAAAUGUGCAAAUUCCAUGCAACAAUGUAAAGAUGAUUUUUUGCAGUGGAGGUUUUCCUGAGAUUUGGAGUUUUAUCAGUUUUUCACUGACGUGCUUAGUAAACAAGCCUUUAAACUUCCCAGAUUAUUAAAAUGAUCGACUUUAGGAAAUUUUUUUCAUGUAAAGAAUUUUCAUAGUUGUUAAUAGAACAAAUCUUGAAGUAUAGGAUAUUUUCACAAUGAUAUAACUGAAACUACUGUUGCCUUUAAACUUUGUAAGUUUUUUAUACACAAAAAAGUGUACCUUAGGGACAGUUUGAAAUAUUUACAAUUCUUGCAUACUAAAACAAUCAAAAUGGUUUUUGUACAAGGAGACUACCUCUAAUUGGUUUUGUUGCACCAUGAGAAAAUAACAUGCCUUUGCUUUGUAAUAUUUGAUAUUGUAUAAUUUUUUAUAGAAUGAAAUUUAAUAAAAAGAACUUUGG